GGUUUGGGCUGGGAACGCCGGCUCAUCUUCCGUUAGUUAAGCCUUCAGCUUUGGGGCAGAAUUGAAAUUUGAGGCGGACUGUUGGCGGUGGAAUAAUGCAGAAAAACCUCAAGCUGACGGUUUCGGAGAGCCCACAGUUGACAUUAUCCACCUCCAACUGAGAACCUGUCCACUGCAACUGCUGUGAGAUCCUUUCAGCCUCCUCUGUAGGAGCUUGCUACCCCAGAGUGUUUCAGUUGAGCCAUCUGUAUCAUCUCCAGCCAUCAUGAGCGGUAAGAAACGCAGGUCACAGAAGAUCCCAUUCGAUGCAAGGAAAAACAUGAAAAUCAAACCUUUUUUGACUAAGAUGCCCAAACAAGAGCAAAAUGAUUCCAGUGUUCCUCCAGUAAAAGCGGACUAUAGAAAAAGACUAAGUGAGAUAACCAACACCCAGGAACGACUGCUUCCACCUAAGAAAACGAGACGCGAUCAGACCCCUCCCCCAAACAAGACAAUUUACAUCACCUUGAGCGUAAACCACUGGAAAAACAAAAACAUGAAACAUAAGCUGAUAGGCAGGGAGACAGAGAGCCUGUAUGAAGCUCUCACCACUCUUAAUGCUGUCAAAGAAGAGAUACAGAGACACCAAGGCAAGGAAAUGCUGGUGUGUGGCGUGGAAGGAAUUGAAGGGUACAUACACCUUGGGAUGCCCCUUGCCUGUCUUCCAGAAGGCAGUCAUGUGGAGAUUACAUUUUCUAAAACUGGAAGUGAGCAGAAAGAAGAUAACCCAGUGUCUGAGCGGUGUGACCCAUCAUCUGACUGUGUCAAAUUUUACAUCCAAGCAGUUGGGAAGAGAAAGAAAAGGAUCCUGAAGUGUAGGGAACUUCUCAAAGAAGGGAACAAACUCUGUGUGCCUGGCUCCAAAGGCCAGACCAUCAAGGACACCCUGAGGAAGGAUGGCAGGUUUCUUCCUUUUGUAGAGAAUGACAACUGGAAACUUGUUGCUAACCUGGACACCAUUGUGGAAAACACUCAGCCUGUUGAUGAGUUAGAGGGCAAGCUGUUUCAGGUUGACAUUGAGAUGAAAAAGAGUCCUAGGGCAGCCGCAGCAACUUCACAGAAUUCUGAUGCAGAGAAAAGAAAGUCCCAUGCGCUAAAAGAAUGCAUUGUGAAUGAGUACCCCACACUGAAAACAGAACGUGAAAAAAUCAAAGCGUACAUCGAAGCAGAAAGUGAAAAAAAAAAGAAAACGUCCUUACAUAAUGUGCAUAGAACAAACUUCAGGAAACUGACAAGCAACUCUACUCCAGUUAAGGUGCACAAACUCCUUUCACAGCUCAGCAACUCGGUUGGGUAUCUAAGGUGGAACAACAAUGGAAACGAGGGCUGUGCCACCUGUUUUGUUUUUACAGGAUUGUACAUUUUGACCUGUCGCCAUGUAAUCAAUGACAUUGUGGGCGAAGGCAUAGAGCCAAGUGAGUGGGCAGCCAUAAUUAGUCAAUGCAUAAAAGUGAUAUUUGACUAUGAAGAGUUCCCAGUAAGAGAAGACAACUGUUUUUUUAUUGAGUCUUGGUUUGAGAUAUCUGAUAAAACUCUUGACUAUGCUGUCCUGAAACUUAAGGAAAAUGGAUAACAAGUACCCGUGGGCCUAUGUAACAGAAUUGACGCAGUACCAUGUAGUGGGUUGAUAUAUAUCAUUGGCCAUCCAAAUGGAGACAAGAAAUCUACUGAUGAUUGUGCUGUAGUGCCUAUAGGUGAACGAAAAAGAAAAUAGCAAGAACGUGUUGAGGAAGAACUAAGUUCAAAUAUUCCUGUGAAGUCUCUGUAUAUGCACACCAAAAGAAGUUUCCCACCCAAUAUUAAUAACCUCAACUUGGUUACCUAUGACACCACUUUCUUUGGUGGGUCUUCUGGAUCCCCCGUGUUUGAUUCUGAAGGUUCACUGGUGGCCAUGCAUGCUGCUGGCUUCAAUAAUGUGUACCAAAGUGGAGGUUCCAGUAUCAUUGAGUUUGGCUUUUCCAUGGAAGCCAUCCUGGCUGAUAUUAAGCAAAAAUAUCCAGAAUGGUGUGAUAAGGAAUGUGUAACUCAAGAAGAUGUAGAAAUGUUGAGUCCAGAUUAUUGAGGAUCAGAGGGAAUUGCUAACUUUAAGAGAAUUACUGAUUGCAUUGUUAUUUAGUGGGCAAUUAUAUAUUGUUUUUCAAAAAAGU